AUGGCCGCUAUCAGACCACUUGUCAAGACAAACAUCGUAAAGAAGAGGACCAAGAAGUUCAUUCGUCACCAGUCUGACAGAUAUGGCAAAGUCAAGGCAAACUGGCGCAAGCCCAAGGGUAUUGAUAACAGAGUCAGAAGGAGGUUCAAGGGUCAGUACAAGAUGCCAAACAUCGGUUACGGUACCUGGAAGAGGUGCAAGCAUGUCUGCCCUGAUGGCUUCAAGAAAUUCCUGGUCCACAAUGUUAAGGAACUGGAAGUUUUACUGAUGCAGAACCGCACAUUCUCAGCCGAGAUUGCACACAAUGUCUCCAGCAGGAAGAGGAAAGACAUUGUCGAGCGUGCCCAGCAGUUGGCUAUCAAGGUGACGAACCCCAACGCUCGCCUCCGGUCCAAGGAGGAUGAGUAA